AUGGCGCAGGACGCGAAGGCGGCGACGUUGGGGAGGAAGAUGGAGGCGCUGCGGGAGCGGUGGCGCGGCGGCGAGGACGAAGACGUCGGGACGCGGGUGGCGUUGAUGCUGUUGCGGUUGUCGAGACGACCGAUGACGACGACAUUGGAUGAAAUGAGUGAUGGGGGUGCCGUGAGCGUCGGGGCGUUCGAUGCGUUGUCGAGUGAGGACGCGUACGCGUUUGAGGACGCGAGCGAUGCGGCGGGCGCGUUUGGCGAAGCGUACGACGACGAACACGACGCGAGUGGUGCAUCGACGCUGUCUGAAUGGUCAGACGAUGAUAGUGAUGAUCAAUCGGAUGGUAGAGAUGGUGGCAAUGAUGGGUUGGUCGAGGGGUACGCGAGCGAGGGCGACGAUCCCGGAUUUUCGUGGCGUGACGGCUUACUCGGAGACUGUGUGCCUCCAGAGACUUCGACAGAGACGAAAGAUUUGGGCAAAACGGCUUCAGCAGCACCCGAGUUAGAGUAUAUUUCAGAAAUAGUCGCGCAGACGAGACAGUUUCAGAGCGUGCUGCGAGAUUCCAACGUUCAUCGAGGCGACGAGAGAUUAAUCGCUUCGAUUGCGGCGAAGAAUUUACAGAGCGAAACAAGCUUGGUACAAGAAGCUCUGCACGCCCUUCGUAGUGGAAGCGUGGAGCUAGAUCGUGUCACGUUACCUCACGUGUCUUGCAUGACUCUCGAUGGCGCUUUGAUCUCAAUUCGUCGUAUGGCGUCGGUGCUGACUCGCUUGAAAGAGAUGAAACAGACUUCUUUGGCGCUCGGACCGACGAUUCAGGCGUUCACUCAAGCGCUUGAUUCCCGAGCGCAGUGGAUUAAGAGUACGCUCGUUCCUCUUGAAAAGCGUCUGGCUGGUGAAUCCACGAUAAGAGGCCAACCUACGCUACUAGAGCUUAGAACGACUGUCCGCCGGCUCGAAGCCAAAAUCGACGCGCUUGAGCGCUGCGCCCUGACUGCGUUUCCUCAUGAAGGGACGCCCGCUGCGGAAGCUGCGAGUCAUUGUCUGACAACCGUGUAUGAACUCGCAGUGGAACACCAAGCAACUGCAAAUAUCCAUGGUUUCGCAGUCACGAUGCCAAUAUUUGUGGAUACAAUUCAACCGUACCUUCAAGGCUUGCAACGCUGGCUCGCGUUUGGGAUCUUAGACGAUCCAGCUGAGGAGUUAUUCAUCGCCAAAGGCCGAGCUAUUGAUGAUUUCGUCGGAAGUAAAGAACAUUGGCUUCACGGCCACGUCCUUCGCCACGACAUUGAGACGCCGUGCUUCUUUCGGGAGUUUAUGUUGGAUAUUUUAGACGUCGGUCGCUCGCUCGAGUUGUUGCAUCACACUGAAAACGAGACGUCUCAAAAAGUACCAACCUUGGACGUACACUUGAUCGAUUCGUUUUGUUUCCAUUUACGCAAGCAUUUGAGCGCCAUACACGCCUCGCCUGAGACCUUCGGUGGCGACGACGCUAGUGAGCGUGCGAGAGCACUCGUCGAUGGUGUCAAAGUCAACACGAGCGGGCUGAACAACAUCUUCGAAACUCCCACUUCGCUUGUCGGUAUCAGAAAUGUGAACACAGACGUGGUGCGAGACAUGAUUUUAUCUCGACCGACUCGUAUCGUUCCGACACGUCGAGUUCGAUCGAAGACGGCGCUCCAAGGAAGCGCCUCAACGCUCAACGCUUGGCUCGAUGAAUUUUUGACGACACAAGUUCCCUCUUGCCCAAUCAGUCUCGCCGUCCAGCAGUCCAUCGGUGUGCACAUUCUCAAGCGUGCUAAAGAGGUCCAAGUGGUCUUAUCAAGGUCGUUACGAGAUAGCUUGGACAUUAAGAAGGAGCUCUACGCACUGCGCGCCGUCUUCCUUGGCGGCGCUGGCGACGCGGCGAUGCACUUCUUUUCAGCCAUCUUCGGCAUUCUUGACGACCCGGAUAAGAUCAACGCCAAGUGGAAUAGUACGACGCUGAACGAAUUACUUAGUGAUGCGUUCGCGGCUGACAACUCGGGUGAAUUCCCCGAAUGUCGAGGUGUGCAAGUUGAAAUCAUCCCCGAGGCGGAAGAAAAUAUUUUUUCGCGCGUCGUCAUCGGCACCGGAGCUCUGGAAAAGAUUGCCUCUCUUCGAUAUAGUUUCGACGUUAAGUGGCCGCACAAUAUCGUCAUUCCUCCAAGUACGAUGGCACAAUACAACGCAGUGGCUGUGUUUCUCGGACAACUUCGCCGCGCGCACACCGCGAUGCAGUCCGUUGCGACGGCGCGGUGGUCGGAGCACAUUCGUUGCGCUCGAGGGAGCGGUAUGGGUGGCGCAAAAGCUCGUCAUCUCGAGCCUCGAUUGCGACACUUUAUCACGUCUCUCCGCGAUCACGUCAUCGUACGAAUUUUGCACGUCGACUGGGACGUCUUGAUGAAGAAAAUCGAUGACGCCAUGACGCUCGAAGCCAUUCGCGCGGCGCACGACGAGUUUUUACAGGACGCCACGAAGAGGUGUUUGGUUUCCCCGGAUCCCACGUGGACUUUGGUGGCGGAACAAAUCCGAACCAUACUCGCCGUGGCGUGCGAGUACGCGGCGUGUCAAGCAGGUGACGGGGCGGUAUCGGAAGAAGACGCGAUGAGGUUAUCGAGCGCGUUUGAGGAAGCGUACGGAUACAUCGAACGCGUGCUCCAAGCCAAGCUCGAUAUUGGCUCGGCGUCCACGCGGGACGUCGAGGAUUUGCUUUACGCGAUCAAGCUUUAG